AUGGGACUUCCCCGCCCCCCACCAGACAUCACCACUCCCCCACAGCACACCCUGUCCCUCCCGAGAAUCCUCUGCCUCCACGGCGGUGGCGUCAAUGCCCAAAUCUUCCACUCCCAGAUGCGCUCCAUUCUCGCCCACCCUUCAUUAUCCGACCGCUUCCGCUUCGUCUUCAUCGACGCACCAUUCGAGUGCGCUGAAGGCGUCGGCAUCUCGCCUGUCUACGACGACUGGGGCCCAUUUCGACGGUGGUUUCGGUGGUUGGAGAGCCACCAGCAGGAUGCGAAGGGGGUGGAGGCGGUGCAUGAGGCCAUAUGGGGGAGUAUCAAAAAGGGUAUGGAGAAGGACGGAGGGACUGGGGAGUGGGUUGGGCUGUGGGGGUUUAGUCAGGGGGCGAAGCUGGUGGGGAGCUUGUUGGCGGAGCAGCAGAUGCGGGUUGAUGAGGGGAGACCGACGGGGUUGACUUCGAAGGACAGGGAGGCAAAGGAGCAGCCGGUGAUGUGGAAGUUUGGAGUGCUUCUUGCUGGUAGAUGCCCUUUUGCGGCGCUGUCAGCGGAAGGGGAGAAGCUUGCGUGGCUGCAGAGCGCGGCGGGUCUGCCGGCAGAGGCAGAUUGUGAUGCCAUUGCGGAUAGGCCAGAUAUGAAGCUUCGCGCACCAACUAUACACGUACACGGCCUCAGAGACGAAGGUAUAGAGUGGCAUAGGCGGGCUGUCAGGGACUACUGCGCGCCGUUGACUACGACGGUCGUGGAGUGGGAUGGUCCGCACCGUGUGCCGAUCAAGAAGACUGAUGUCGAGAAGGUCGUGCAAGCGGUGGUAGAGCUGGUCGAGGAGUAUGGCUACUAG